AUGACCGUGCCAGCUAGCCGGCAGCACAUCUUGCAAGCCUACCGGGACCUAUACAAGACCGGCUUACGAGCAGUUCAAUACUCGACACCCGCUCGUUACGAACUCCGCGACAUCCUGCGCCAGACAUUUCGAACUUCGGCUCCCUCAAAUCUCAACCCUCGGCGCAUCCAGAACACCGUCAAGUUUCUGGAGAAUGCCCGCAAAUACGAUGGCUUCGAGCACAGGAUCGUGAAGAACCUACUACACUUGCAAUACUGGAAGGGCAGGCCCUUGGAUAAGAGGUCAAAGCACAGCAUCCGGGAUUUAAAUACCGCAGCGGCCGGCGAGUCGAGGAAGCAGAUAUGGCACCAAUACAGGGCGACGCUGACCAUGUUGAAUGAGAGUCUCGAUAUCUGUUUGACGAUAUGA